AUGCGCGCGGCGGCCGGCUCGUUCGGCACACCAGUCGAGGCGCGGGCACAGAUCGAAAGUUCGACGCAAGAUCGAGCGCGCAUAUGUAAAUAUCGGCACAUUUACAAGCGAAAGGGUUCACCAGAGCGGCGCACUAACGCAGCGUUGCGCGGGAACCAGUCCGGUGAGAUUCCUUCGGCGUCCGAUAGAAAAAUGUCGAGUAAGCUUCGGGUCCAUCACUCGCCGCGGGUGUCUGGUACGCGACGCGGUCGCUACUCGACUGCCGCCCUCCUCUCGCCGCAGCACGGC